UGUCAUCGAAUAACGACCGAGACCCAGCUCAGCAACUGUCAACGAGCGAGAUCGACUCCCUUCAGAUCAAGUGCACAUGACAGACUCAACGGGAUUCCUCACUUGAUUGUCAUGUCCAGCCCACCGAGAGAUCCAUCGUCACGCGGUGGAUCGAGUGACUCACCCGUCCGAACUCCACCAUCAAUCGGAUCGGCAACGACUACCUCCUUACCAGCGGCAACGACAGACACGGCUGACACGAUUGUAACUAAUGAAACUGCUGAAGAAGGUAACAAUGCUCGACCUCCACCAAUACCCAUGAUGAUACCUGGACCAGGUGGUCACAUGCAUCCCAUCUUUCCUAUGGGGAUGGGGUUCGGACCGGGUGGUAUCAUGUUUGGACCGCCUCCACCAGGUUUUCAUCCCCCUUUUGCGAAUAGCGCUGGACAGCCGCUUAAUACUCCAUCAUCAACCGGACAACCUGAUCUAGACGCGCAUCCUGCCCCGGGAUCAAACACCACUCCUGGCUUCACCUUCUUCAUGUCUAUAUUCAAUGGUCCGCCACCAUCUGAACAACCUGAUCCGCAAGCGGCAGAGGAGCUCAUCCGAUCCUUGCCACCCAUUUCCAAAGGUCUAUUCGAUCGUGUCAACAUGGUGGUUUCAGCUGAACAGAAAAUGGAUGGAGACGUCGAUGAAGAACCAGGAUGGAAAUGUGCGAUCUGUCUCGAGGGUCUCAACGAAGAGACGAUCCAGAACGAUAAUGAUAUUGGGAUCAAAGGUUUGCCGUGUAAUCACCUCUUCCACUCUGGAUGCCUUCGACCAUGGUUCGAAUCGCAUCAUACGUGUCCGACUUGCAGGCUCGAUCUGGACCCUUUACAUACGCUCAGGGGUUCGACACGGACAGGCGGUGGGAGAUCCAGACCAGGUCCAGGUGGUGCUGGACCAAGAACACAUCCAUAUGGAGGUCGACCGCCGAGUGAGAACGUCGAAGGACCUGACGAUACUGCUCCAAUUCCUCAAUUCACCUUUGUCUGGCAUAUGCCCGUGCCAGUUCCGACCCUGACGCUGACGGGUGAAGCUCCUGGUCCAGACGGUGCCUCACCGCCUGAAGGUUCUCAAGCGAAUCCUUCUACUCCAACGACUGCUGAGGGACCACGUACUCCUGCUCAGCAUUUCCCCCCAAUACCAUCCGUCUUCCUCUCACCCCCUACGCAGACAUUCGAUAUCCCACUGAGAUCGUCUCCAGCUCCAAUGACACGCAACGCCAGCGAUGGGGCUGAAUCAUCAUCAUCCGCCGCUGGGCCCAGUAGCCCGUCAUUCACGUCUCAAAUGCCGGGAUCUUUCCCCGGUGGUGGUCGACCACUACCACAAAGACGAGUGCAUAUCAACAUGGAGACCGUUCAUAGGCACAAUCCAGUUCAAGUAAUACCGGCCGCUGCAGAUCCCUCGAACGGGAAUCUUCAUGGAUCUGAGGCAGAAGCUCCGCGAGCACCUAUCAUCGCACCGUUCUUACCUCCAGUUCCGACUUUGAGUCCAUUCCCAGCGUCUCAUGUCCGUCCACCUCAUCCCAUCCCGCAUUUCCAGACGGUCAUCAACAUUGGUAAUCCUCAACCUCCUGCACGUUUUCAUACCACAGCAGCUACGCCGCCCAACACACAGGAACCAUCAGGCGAGCCGUCGCCAACACUUCCGCAGACGAAAGCUGUGAUUCGGGAAACACUCGACGCAUGGGUCGAAACGAGGGAAAAGGCCUUGGGAUGGAGAUGUGAUGCCCCGAUAUGCUUCAAAGCGCCGACUUCGGAUCACCCAGAAGUGGAAGGUGAUCCUGAACAGACGAUUUCCAUUCUUUCCCCGUUACAAGUCGCCGAGUCUUCUGGCCAGGACUUUGAACUCCAUUCGUGUGAACAUAGAUGGCAUAGAUCUUGUCUAGAGACGACUGUAAAGACCUCUGGAAGGUGGAAUCCAGGAAACGAUCAGCACAAGGUUUGGGUCCGAUGCGAUAGAUGUAGGAAGGAUGGCUGGAUACCACGUACAAACCCCGACGCUACCUCAGAGACGUUGGCAUAGAUGGCCAACAAGGCUGGAACAGAAUGUUGUAUUUUAGCAUCGUCAAUACUCUUGUAACGCAGCAU